AUGGCAAAUGUUUUGGAAUUGUCCAAAAUUGAUUUUCACUUUGAGCAAAAUAAUGUUCAGCACAAAACUAAUAAGUUUGGCAAGGAGAGACUGAUCAUCAGACGAGGAAAGGAAAUAAGCAUUACCUUGUAUUUUGAUGGUCGGAAUUAUGACAAGGAAACUGACAAAAUCACCUUCAUUGUGAAGACAGGUGUGACUGAUAUAGGACCAAUGAUCGAGUUUGAGCUGGCGGACCAGUUAAGGAAGAAUGAAUGGAGUGCUUCUGUUCACAAGAACAGUGGAAGUGAAUUGUCCGUUAUAAUCUUGCCACCUGCCAACUCCAUUAUUGGUCACUACAGCCUAAAAUGCAAGAUCUCGAGUGACGGGAAAUCUGCAACUGCUGAGAUGGGAAAGUUUGUCCUGCUCUUCAAUCCAUGGUGUGAAGAUGAUGACGUCUUCAUGGACAACAAGCGAGACCUGAAAGAGUACGUUCAGAGUGAUCAAGGAUUGUUAUAUCAGGGGGUCAAGAUGUUCAUCAAAACUUUAGCUUGGCAUUUUGGGCAGUAUGACAAAGAUAUUCUCGAUAUUUGUCUGGCCAUACUGGAUCAAAGCAACAAUUUCCUGGCAAAUCCAGCCAAGGACUAUUCGAAAAGGAACAAACCGGUUUAUGUCAGCAGGGUUGUGACAGCGAUGAUUAAUUCUGAAGACGAUAAAGGAAUAUUGCUCGGCAGAUGGUCUUCGACCUACCCCGAUGGCGUGAAUCCUUUGCUAUGGAAUGGAAGUACUUCAAUCCUUCAGCAGUGGCAUGAAAGUGGUUUCCAAGCUGUUCGCUAUGGCCAGUGUUGGGUAUUUGCAGCAGUAGCCUGUACUGUUUUCCGUUGUUUGGGGAUUCCUAGUCGCCCCAUUACAAACUUCAACUCUGCUCAUGACACAAAUGCAAAUCUGGAAAUCGAGUGCAUUGUGGAUAUGAAAGGAAAAAAAAUUCCUGGUGCAUCAAGAGACUUGAUAUGGAAUUUUCACUGCUGGACUGAAUGUUGGAUGAAACGAUGUGAUCUGAAACCAGAGUUUGAUGGAUGGCAAGUACUGGAUGCAACUCCACAGGAGAAAAGUGAAGGUAUCUACUGCUGCGGCCCAACCUCCAUCAAAGCCAUCAAAAAUGGACACAUCAAUGAGAAAUAUGAUACUAAGUUUGUUUUCAGUGAAGUGAAUGCAGAUCAUGUUUCAUGGUGUUUGGAUGAAGCUAAAAAAUUGAGGAAAAUCAGUGUGAACACUAGCAUAAUCGGCAAGUUCAUCAGCACAAAAGGUGUGAAGAAUGAUGAACGUGUGGAUAUCACCAUUUUUUACAAAUGUCCUGAGGGCUCCGCAGAGGAAAGGCAAACUUACAACAAUGCAAAUAUUGAGAGAAUAAACAUUGAACCUGUGGAUAAAGAAAUAUAUCUGAAAGUGAUAACUCCCAUAAAACACAUGAAUGGUUCCGAUCUUGACAUUGAGAUAUACCUCUCAAACAAGGCCACAAAGGAAAAAUAUUGCGACAUAAUGAUUACUGCGCACACCAUCUUGUACAAUGGUGAAAUAUUGAAGAAAUGUGGCAAGAAAAAUGAAUCUAACUUGCCAAUUGGUCCAAAGAAAGAUAUGAUUUUUAACCUGAAGGUGCUGUACAAUGAAUACAGCAAGUCGAUUUCUGCACAAUUACUUAUUAUGAUAUCAGCAGUUGCAGUGGAUGAAAAUUCAGCGAUGUAUAUAACAAGAAAAGUGAUUUCGCUCAAGAACCCAAAGAUAGGCAUUCAGAUCCUCGGUGAGCCAAUACAAUUCAAAGAAAUUUGUGCUACGAUCAGCUUUACGAACCCUCUGCCGAUUACGCUGACUAAUUGUACCUUCUACGUGGAGGGAAUUGGCGAUAAAUCUAUUCAGGAUAUGCCAGACAUGUCCAAAAAGCUACUUUCCAAACAAUUGGGAGAGAUAAGAAUUAAACUCACCCCUCAAAGAGCAGGCACAAGGAAACUGAUUGUGGAUUUUUGCAGCGAUCAACUUCGAGGUGUCAAGCAAUUCAAGAAUAUUUAUGUCAAACCGGCAUUGUUACACCUGGUGGCCGCUGAGUCAAAGUGCCGCUGUGGUAUCGUGCAUCACAGAGCACCUAUGUAUGUAUGCAGGCACACGCUGCAGUUACACCUGGUGGCCGUGUCGGCUGACCGUGGCGCAGUGGCAUCUUGCUUCACAGAGCACGGACGUCGUCAAGCAGCGGGAACAAACUAA